AUGUUAUUAUUAUACAUCCGAUGAAUCGUCACUAGCUUCAAGUGUGUACUGUGUGAUUGAUCAGAAAGUUAAUUGCCGAAUUAAAGCAGCUCGACGAGAAUAUUGACUGCUUUGUAUAAGUAUUUAUAAUAACAAUUUAAUAAUCUGUAAAAGACACCGGUUUUUACCGACCAGGAUAUUUCACCGAUCGAAUAAUUGCUGGGUACUCAAAGUACUCGGUAUCGCAUAAAAAUAAUAAAAAUCAACCAUCGCGGUUACCAUCGAACACCAUACAGUGACGUUUUUCUGCGGACUGUGAACUACCGGUUUCGUCGAGCGCAGUAAAUCGAGUGCGGUGAUGAAAAUAAUCGGUUAUAAUCGUUGAGAGUGUGAAAAAAAAGAUAUCAUCGAUAAAGUAAGAAAUCGGUGUCCGAGCUGCAGAGAGCAGUCAUGUGGAAAGUGUUUGGUACCUCUUCUCGUUCGCACCGAGAUUCGAAUAUACGAGGGGACGUAAUUGAAAGCGUCGAUCGGGAUGAUCGUGAUUUAUAGCCGAACCUAAUCGUUCGUUUUCAGUUCUUCUAUUCAGAUUCUCCUUUUUACUUCUUCGCAAGUUUCACGCUUCAAGACAAUAAAGUACACCGCGUGUUUCCUCCAGCCUUUUCAUCGCAGAUUUGCUAUGUUCCUUGGAAAUGGUGGCUCGUUACUGUCAUCGUUCGGAUUACCAGCUGGACACACUUCCAGCCUUCUGAUCUGCGCGGACGUUUCUGGUGUCUGCUGAUCGGACAGCAGUUUGUGUCUUAGAAUCAAAGGUUCUCUCUGCUAUCCUGAAGACGACAUCCUGCAGGACGAAUCGAAGUGCGAGAAACCGUGGAACUGUGUUUUAACAUCGGAACGGACGCCAGCCGGCUUCGACUUCUUCGACUCUUCUCAGCACCGCGUUGCUUCAACGCCACAGCAACGCCCCCUACUUCUCUGCCUCGUCGUCUUCUCUCUCUCUCUCUCUCUCUCUCCCACACUCGGCGCUGAUGGUUCUGAUAUCAUCAACCGGUUUUUAAGGGUUCUCGAGGAAAAAAACAAACGAAAAACAACACCGCACGAGCCGAGGAUGCGAAGUAGGAUCGCUGCGCGGAAGAUUCUGGUAUCCGACGGCAGAUAAGAACCCUCUAGGAAGUGGAGGUGGAAGUAUAAGGACUGACUUCUUGUCCCGGGGAAUAGGAUAACGAGUCGAUCCAUCCGUCGAGAAUCGAGUCCCGUCAGCCGAAUCCCCCGAAAUGGAUAUAACGGAGGCGUUCGCGCCGGGCGGAGGAAACGAGGACCUUGGCAAAACGGAUUUCUUCGACUUUGUGGUGUCGCCUGCUCCGCACGGGGCGUCGGGUGACGGAGUUUCGGAUGAGGAGGGCUUCCUGCACCGUUCGGCGUGCCGCAGCAUAGGCGUGAGUUUCCUAGACGGUCCGCGGCACCAGGACACGCACGAUUUACGCCACGAUCUCCACGGCUCGCCAUUCGUCAAGGAGACGAACAACAAUACGCUGACGGCGCUGCCGCCGGUCUCUACGAUCACCGGUUCGCUGACGCACCACCACCACCAACACCACAACCACAGAAGCCAUAACUGCCCGACGCAGCAGAACGCCGACGUCACGAUGCAAGAGCAGCCAUCAACAGACUGCGACUACUGGGGCGACGAGGGCAAGGAGCAAACUUGCAGCAUAUUCCUGGAGGACCUUAGCAAGUACAACUGCUGGUCGACAGGCAGCAACUCGGGCCACGGCCAGAGCCAUGAUUCGAUAGUUCAGAGCGAGGCUGCGGGACGUGGCUGCUCCGGGUCCCAUCGGCAGAACACCGACGGUGCGAUCUACACCCUGACGGUACUGAAUAACGACGCAAACUCGAUGGACGCCCUCGACUGCUGCAAGAGCCCGCCGCCACCCUCGUCGGACUCUUGGCCACUACGGCCCAACCUGGACCUCGACGCCAUCCUGAACCUCGACCCCGCCAACGACCACGAACACGAAAACGUCACGGAGAGCUCGCGACGCGAUAGUUUCCACAUCAUUCCCGUGGCCGGAAUGGGCUCCCAGUACUCAACCGACGACAGUGGUUUCGUCGAGAGCAAGGAGCUCUGCGUAAGGGGUGGACAGACGCCGGCCCACCAGACCGGCGACAAUAACAACGACUGGAAGCUCUCUGACCAGAACCACCUGCCGGAGGGCGGAAGCACCGGCGACUCCGCCGAGAGCCUCCUGCGCAGUGCGCUUCAGGGAAAACUCUACUCCGGCGCGUCAACCCAGGCGGUGUCUUCAUCCUCAUCAACGACUUCCCAGACUCCGAGUCUGGCGCUCCAGGGAACGACGUCUAGCACUCCCCACGUCCAGAUCAUCGCCGACCACCAGCCCGCCGACGAGGCGAUGCACCCUUGCACCGAAGAGGACCUCCUCCUCUCACAACUCGAUGCGACAACCUACCGACCUGGGGACUACGAGAAGCUAAAGAGUAUAGCGAACGAGGUCGUUGAGUACUGUAGGAUCGAGCCGGUCUGCAACGUCUCCGCAACAACGACGGUCAUGUACACCCUAGACCCCGCCAGCGGGAGCCUCGGGACGAUCACACUUCCGGCUGAUUUGAGCCAGAUGGGAACCGUGACCGUGGUCACUGCCGGUGGGCAGCGGGACGCCGUUAUAGGGCAGCCGCAAACCGCCGUCAGGACCGAAACUGAGGCUGCCCCGAGCCAGAUUCAAAUUUCCCCAACACGAGCGGCACCGGCAUCGACUUCCGGCGCGUCUAAGCCAACCAAGAAGUACAUGAGGCGGGGGAACAGGAACGGCAGCGGAGGUGGCGCCGCGGCCGGUGGAACGGGGAACUCGAACGGCACGCAACAACAGGGCAGCGGGUCGCCGGGCAGCGUUCAGCGCAAAGAGCGUUCACUCCACUAUUGCAGCAUAUGCAGCAAGGGCUUCAAGGACAAGUACAGCGUCAACGUUCACAUCAGGACGCACACCGGGGAGAAACCGUUCGCUUGCUCGCUCUGCGGGAAGAGCUUCAGGCAGAAGGCGCACCUUGCGAAACACUACCAGACUCACGUGGCUCAGAAGCCAGCCGGCGUUGCUGCCCCACCGACGCCAGCGCCAACACCACCAGCGCCACCCGCGGCGACCGUGCAAACUACGCCUGUGACUGCCCCAGCGAACGGAAGCCCAGCGGCUUCCGUAUCGGACGCUAAUUCCGCGAGCCGGAGCCAGAGCAGCAACGAUCAGAAUCCUAAUUCGUGCAAUUCCAGCAGCAGCUAGCCGGGGAUUGAUGACUGAUGUCGUGGAGAGAGUCUGAGAGGCAGGAAUAGGCGCGGGUGGUUUUGGUUUUGAUCGUUUUUGGGGAAUCAUUCCACCUUGCAAUGGAGGCGAGGAGCGGAUGCGAUUCAUCUGCAAUGGCGGCGAUGCUACGCUGGUAGUCGGCGCGCCGAGCGCAGACUCGAAAGUACCUAUUUUACAUACGUAUGCAGAAAAUUGAAAAGGUCUUUAUUAUCGAAAUCCUAUUAGAUACGCUACAUUUGUAAUGCGCUUAUGGCGAAAGCGAGCGUGUAGGUGUUAUAAUGAUAAGAAAAGCGGAGGUUUUCUUUUAUUUUGUGUGUAUUUCUGCAUAGUUACUGGGAAACGAUCGAAUUUAGAAGUUGAAUCAUUUUUUAAAUGUGUUGAUUGUGGAUA